AGGUUCUACUUGAAAAAUGGAUGAUGAUGAUUUUGGUGGCUUUGAGGCUGCAGAGACUUUUGAUAGUGGAAAUGGUGAAACCCAAACCACAUCUCCUGCUAUUCCUUGGGCUGCCUUUCCUACAGUAUCUGGAGUCCAUCUUUCCCCAACUUCUCCUGAUAUUGUAUUGGAACAUGAUCACUCUUCGCCUUCUGUUGAUUGCCUUUCUUCUGAUUCCAUCGGGUCAUCACUAGAGAAUACACAUGCAGAGAACAGCAUUGUCAGUCAAACUGUUCCAAAACCACAGAUUCAGCAAUCAACACACACUCAUUUGGAUAUCUCACUUUUUCCAUUGGGUUUAACUGAUGAGAAAAGUAAUGGAACAAUUACACUUGUGGAUGAUUCUGAGGAUCCUGAGGCCAAUGUAUCAAACUUAGAGCUUCAGCAAAAAAUCUCAAAUUUAGAGAUGAAACUCAAAGUUUCUGAAGAAGAAAAGCAGAGAAUUAAAAAGGAUGUAGAAGCAUUAAUGGACAAACAUAGUAUCUUAGAAAAAGGAUUUCUAAAAGAAAAAGAGCAAGAAGCCAUUUCAUUUCAAGAUAGAUACAAAGAACUUCAGGAAAAACAUAAACAGGAAUUAGAAGAUAUGAGGAAAGCUGGUCAUGAAGCCCUCAGCAUUAUUGUGGAUGAAUAUAAGGCAUUACUACAGUCUUCAGUUAAACAACAAGUAGAAGCUAUUGAAAAACAGUAUAUUUCUGCAAUUGAGAAACAAGCACACAAGUGUGAGGAGCUGCUGAAUGCUCAGCAUCAGCGGCUCCUAGAAAUACUAGAUACAGAGAAGGAACUGUUAAAAGAGAAAAUAAAGGAAGCUUUGAUUGAGCAGUCUCAAGAACAGAAGGAAAUACUAGAAAAAUGUUUGGAGGAAGAACGACAACGAAAUAAAGAGGCAUUAGUAUCUGCUGCAAAGCUUGAGAAGGAGACAAUGCAGGAUGCAGUUUUAAAAGCCAUAGAAGAAGAAAGAAAAAAUCUGGAAAAAGCACAUGCUGAAGAAAGGGAAUUAUGGAAGACCGAACAUGCAAAAGAUCAAGAAAAAGUAUCUCAGGAAAUCCAAAAAGCUUUACAAGAACAAAGAAAGAUAAGUCAGGAAACAGUUAAAGCAGCAAUAAUAGAAGAGCAGAAGCGAAGUGAAAAGGCUGUGGAAGAAGCAGUGAAGAAAACAAGAGACGAGUUGAUAGAGUAUGUAAAAGAACAGAAAAGGCUUGAUCAAGUCAUCCGCCAAAGAAGCCUGUCCAGUUUGGAACUGUUCCUCUCCUGUGCCCAGAAACAGUUAAGUGCUUUAAUAGCUACAGAACCAGCUGAUAUUGAGUAAAGAGAACAUGACAAGCUAACCCACACUGGCA